AUGGAUUCAAUUAACUAUAGAAGCACUGACUAUAAAAAUAUUAAAUUCCUUCGCGAACAGUAUGCUAUCGGUAUCAAUUCAAGAAUCAACCGUUGGUUGCAGUUUAUCGAGUUGUUCGAUCCUACGUUACAUUACAUUAAAGGAGAAACUAACGUUGUACCAAACGGAUUAUCUCGAUAUACUGUUGGUGUUAGUGUUAACACUCUUAAAGUUUCGUAUGACAACGACUUGUUAGAUGAUAUCCGAUACGGUUAUGAUUUAGAAUCUAAAAUGAUAGAGAAUAACGAAAUUAAAUUACAAAAGUUAUAUAAUAGUAUUGCAAUAGAUGUAUUAAGAGGUUUGCUAAAGCCUUUACCUGUAAUGAGCCACAAGUUUGUUGCUAUAUCAUGUGAUUUCAUACCCAGUUUAAAAGAAGUUGAAGAUGACAAUGGAAAUGUAUUUAAUCAAAUUUGGGUAAUUGUCGAUCGUUUCUCUAAAUAUGUCACAUUGAUUCUGACUCAUAAUACCUAUAAAUCCGAAGAUUUGUAUAAUCUAUUUAUGUCAAAUUAUGUUAAAUACUUUGAUGUACCGCGUGAAAUUACUAGUGAUAGAGAUAGUAAACUUACAUCAAAGUUAAAUUUCACUACUGCUGACCAUCAACAAGCAAACGGUCAAGCUGAGAUUGUUAUAGAGCUAUUAAAAAUACUUUAA